ACAGUAUUGACAUCACAUCGGGUCUUUUGAAACCUCUCUCAGAGAUGCCCCCCAAAAAGAAAACAAAAGCAGUCGCUCGCGCAGCUUCGACCCCUACAGCUGACGGAGAUGCCGUGGCAAUUGACACGCCUGCGCCCCCAACCGAAGCACCCAAGGAAACACCCAAACCCGCCUGCGACAUACUCAAAAAUCCCUGGACAGAUGAGCAGGAGACUUCAUUAUUUAAGGGCAUCGUUAGAUGGAAGCCAAGUGGCAUGCAUAAGCACUUUCGAAUGAUCGCAUUAUCAGAAUACCUCCGAAAUCAUGGCUACGAUCCAAGAGUCGACAAGCAUACUCGAAUACCAUGUAUAUGGGAGAAGCUCAGGACUCUUUACAAUAUGGACAUCAUUGACGCACGGGAAAACUCUUUUGAAGAAGAGGACAGCGAGAAUCAAUUCGUCGAAUUCAGCCUCCCAGAGGAAGAUUACGGACAUACGUUGUUUAUGAGAGGAAAGCGUAAUUCAAGUGAAGCAGCGUCUUCACCUCCUCGACUCGGCCGAUCGCCAUCGCCGCAGCCUGCCCGGAAGCGCAAGAGAGGAAACACUGUUACAAAUACCAAGACUCGCGCCAGCACGGUAGAUGACACCGACGAACCAAGAACGUCUCCAGCGCGUUCCCCACCCGCGAAGGCGACUCGGUCAGGGCGGAGCACAAACAGAUCAAUAGGACGAGCAAAGGCAGAGCCUAGCUCGCGUCAACCUAGCAAAGAUACAACUGUGGAUGAGGAUGAGGGCGAGGAACAGACGGAGGAGGUAGAUGAAGAUGAGGAACAUGAAGCUGAGGAAGAAGAGGAAAACGCAUCCCCGAAGACUUCUAAAGCGAGCUCGAAGGCAAAGGCGGAGCCUCCGACCAAAGCCCAAAACCCACCACGGAAAAGCAGGAGGAAAAGAUAAAUUUCUGGCAGUCUUGGUGUACUAUCAUAGGGAGAUGCAAUGGGCGUAUUUGGGAAAGCGAUAUUCUCGUAUUUGGGAGGCGUUAGGAAGGCUGAAUGGAAACCCAACAGUGAUGGGAAACGCGUUCUGCUCCUCGGACCAAGGGUCUUAUCACAUGUAAUUGCAGGAGUCAGCAAUGGGAGGCGAGUCAAAUGACCAAUAACCCGGUUGACCGCGAAUAGCCCAUCCAUUGUCUUCCACUCACCCGCAGCAUCUUGGAAAGCUUGACGGACUUAGUAUAAACUAUCUAUGCAAGCUUGGCUUACCUCAAAGCCAACGGUUAUUACCACUCUGGGCUUCAUAGGAAGCAAAUAUUCAUUUCAUCAUAUAAGC